UUCGUCUUGAUCUCCUCCAGCUUUACCAUCGUUGAUCACAGGGAAAAGUUCAAAUUUGAUAGCACAGUGCUGCCGUCUCAAAUGGAGCCUCAGAUCUCGGUCCAGUCGACCGACCUCGCCCUUCCUGCCACGCUUCCCGCUCCGGAUUCCCAGCACACAACCUCGGUCGCCGAAUCAAGGUCGGCCUCCAGCAGGACAUCUGCCAUCUUGGAUUUCGCCAGCAAUGCCAUCGAGUCUGCCGCUCUCAGGGACGGUUUGAAGCUGAUUGUUCUCGGCGGAGCAUUGGAGGCGGCUAGGAGAGGAUGCGGUCUUGUCGCGCAGCAGAUACUUGAGCAAUUUACCAUUCACGCUUUGUUCGUUGAUACCGACAUCUCUUACGACUGGCUCCUAGCCUGGCUAUCUACGAAAUCGAACCAAUCCUCGGCCCGGAGGUUUCAAGUUUCCAUCCACGGUACCGACCCUAACGCCACGUGGGCGAACGCAGAAGCCGGGACGGGUGGGGAUGGGUUCGCGUUCCUUCCGAGUCCCGAUGGAGUGAGAUGGAGCACUUUUGAAGGAAGGCUGAUCCGCUUCGUACGGGUCGUCGACAAGAGGGGGUUGAGCGAUCCGAGGGAGAGCCUGGAAGUCACCGUAUUUGCCAAAUCGCAAGAGAUCAUCAAGAGACUCGUCGAACAAGCUCGGCUCGUUCAUCAAGCUCGCGAUCAGGGCAAAGUUGUAGUGUACACCCCGUCCCGUCAAUCAUGGCAACGUUCCGCCGCUCGGCCACCUCGAAAGCUCGAAUCGAUCGUUUUGCCUCGGGGAGUCAAGGAGGGGGUCGUCAAGGACGUCAUCGAGUUCUUCCAAGCAGCCGAAUGGUACGCCGACCGAGGCAUUCCCCAUCGCCGAGGAUACCUCUUGCACGGAGUACCUGGUUCUGGAAAGACAUCGCUUAUAACAGCAGUGGCGGGACGUCUCGGCUUGGACUUGUUCGUGAUCAACCUCGCUCAGAAAGGAUUAGAUGAUCAAACUCUCCAGACGUUAGCUGGGGCUGUUACAGAGCGCGGUCUCUUGCUGUUCGAAGACAUAGACUGUGCCUUUCCGAGCAGAGAAGACUUGCUCGACGCCGAAGAGAACCCUAGGAAGAAGAAGUUGGGCAAGCCGGCACAAGCCGCUUCAGGAGUCACCUUGUCCGGUCUACUCAAUUGCAUGGACGGCGUACUCACUCAGGAAGGAUGCGUGCUGUUCGCAACGACGAACCAUGUCGAAGCAUUAGAUCCAGCAUUGAAGAGGCCGGGUAGAAUGGAUGUAUGGAUCGAGUUCAAGAACGCAACCAAAGAGCAGGCCGAAGAUCUUUUUCUGCAUUUCUAUCCAUCGACAGAAGAGACUCGAACAGAGAUCCGUGACUGGGCUCAUCGAUACUCUCAAGGCAUCCCCGAAAACAAGUACCCUGUCGCUGCGCUCCAAGGUCACUUGAUGCAACACAAGGGCUUGCCAAAGAGGGCGGUGGAAAGUCUUGAUGAAUGGCUUUCAACGAACGGAGGAAGGGUUACGGCAGUAUGAUCCAGAUCGGAUCCACAGUUCAGGAUGAAUGCGCCCGGAUGUGCAAAAUUUCCAGGAUCACGAUAUCAACGACGAAGAUCAAUUACGCAAGAUACGAAACAAGACUUUGAAAGACUAGAUAGACAUGCUUU